CGACGAACUUAACCUGUAGUGUCCUUUCAGUCGUCGCGCAUCGAUAUAGUGUUGUGUUUACGUAUAAGCAGUCAAAUUUAUUUCACGAUAUUUACAUCUUCUUCUCUUAUACGUUCGUUUUUCAAACAGUUUCUAUUAUACAAUAUUAACAUUCAAUCGUAACAGUAUUUCUAUAACCAAAAAUUUUAAUUAUAUAUUAAUAAUACAAAAUUUGUUAAAAUGACCCCACCUAUGGAAAGGAUCCAAAUUUUAGAAAAUAUUGAAAAAGACAUUAUCGUGUGUUUACAAAGUGCAGGCCAAGCAUUUAUGGAAUUAAGUAAGGAAAAAUCUAGUUUAAAACAAGCAGAAGCUCAAACACAUCAAUUUCUUAAAACUCUAGCUCAUGUGGAAUCGAAAUUGAGCGAACAAAUCAAUUAUCUCACUCAAGUUUCAACAGGUCAACCACACGAAGGUUCUGGAUAUGCAAGUCAAAAGGUUUUGCAAAUGGCAUGGCAUAGGUUAGAACAUGCUCGAAGCAGAGUUAAUGAACUGGAGCGUAUAAAAAAUAAGCCAAGAUAAGAAAUUUAUCUAUUUAUAAAAUUUGUACUUUCCGGGAGACAUCAACGUGUAUAUCAUAACAUGUAAUAAUGAAUGAAUUUCUUAUUUUUUAU